AUGCUCAGCCCCCGAGUCCUUCUCGAUCCCAGGCCCCUGGAGAAGCAGGGGCCUCCAGCCCCUGGCACUGCCAGGGCCCCCCGUUGCUGUGUGUGUCUGGGUAAACACAGGGAGCCAGCCCGGGGAAGCCCAGGGAGGGGAGGAGAGCUCGGGGAGGUAACCACUGGGGGUGCUUUGGUCUGCCUUCUGCCUGGCGUCUUCCUACGCCCGCUUUUUGGCGUCUUGAAUUGUGAUCCUCAGGACAGUGCCCCCCUCCUCACCUUGGCCCUGCUCAGGGAAGGUCCCCGGGGCGGCAGCAGCAGAUUCGCCCCGCGUCCCCCGCCGCGUCCGCCUUUCCGGGAGGAGAGGCCACCAGGUACGCGGCAGGUGCGGCCGUGGCGCGGCUCGCAGGUAGGCUCCAGGCGGGCCCCGCCGCCCUCCCGCAGGGAGCGCCCACCCGUGCGCGUGGCGGUCAGGGACUCCAGGGACCCUCGGGGCGGGGCGCGCUCGGCUCUUCCUCCCCGCUUCCCGCGUCCGGUCGCGGCGCCGCUUCCGCUGGGAUGGACCUCUGGUCCCGGGGAGCCCGCGAGCCGCCGGCGGCGCGCCGCCUGGGUGAGGCGACGACGCAGCGGGCAGAGGUCCCUGGCCCGGGGUCCCGCCGCCCUCCCUCAGACCUGCCCCCCUCGGAGGUCUGUUCUCCGUUCCCCAGGCGCAGGGCGGGCUGAGAACCACCGCGCUCAGCCGAGGGGGAGGACGUCCCACCCGGGUGUGGGGGGAGGGGUGCGCCGCGCCGGGGGUUGGCGGUGGGAAAUCCGGGAUCAGGGCGGGGCGCGACGACAGGUGCCUCUGAUAAGGGGGCGGGGCGCCUCGGCGGGGAGGGCGCCGGCGGAGUUCCGGGCCGCGGAGGGGCCCGUCUGUGGGAGGGGCCGCUCAGCCUAG